AUGCAACAGAGUAACAACGAAGACGAAGACGAAGACGAAGACGAAGACGAAGACGAAGACGAAAACGAAGGCGAAGACGAAGACGAAGACGAAGACGAAGACGAAGACGGAGACAAAGACGAAGACGAAGACGAAGACGGAGAGGGAGAGGGAGACGAAGACGAAGAGGAAAGCGGAGACGGAGACAAAAGCGAAAGCGAAGACGAGGGUAAAGAUAAAGCUGAAAGCUACGGCGAACAAGAAGGCGAAAAGGAGAACAACAACGGAGACAGUGGUGAGGAUGAAGAUAAAGACGAAAUUGGACACGGUGAUGGACACAAAGACGAAAGUAGACACGGUAAUGGACUCAAAGACUAAA